AUGCAAUACAGCACUUUCAAAAAGAUACUUGCAUUUGCCUCUGAAAUAUCAAUCAAGCUAGAGAUCAUCAAUGUCUCUAUUGUUUCCGCAUACGCGCACGCGGUUUCCCGUGCUUCGCGCCAAUACGCGCAUGUGUUCCCGCACCUCGCUUCAAUACAGUCAGGAGCAUCAUUUGUUCCUCACAGACUAUGGGGAAAACACUUGUGGAUCAAGCUGCAAAAAUGCGUCAAUGAAGUUGGUAGACACGCUGCGACUAAAAUUGAUGAAGGGUUUGCGGCAGUGCCAAGGUGGAGGAAUCUCAACCAAUUCAAGGAGAUCAUGGGAGUUAGCUUUGCUGAUGGGACAAAGCACGAAGACAUAUUAAAGUUGAUUCUAUUUGUUGCCCAUGACAUACUUGAUCCUGAAACACACGAGUCUGGAUAUUUGCUCCUUCAAUCUGCUCUUGACGAGUUUUCAAGACUCAUGGACAAAUAUAUUUCCAAGUCUGAAUGUGAAUCAAAGAGUUGGGAUUUUCUGAAAUAUCACUUGGGCAUUCACCUUUUUGACGAUAUCAAGACCAAAGGCGUUACUCGAAAUUUUAAUACCAAACCAAACGAGAAAGCACAUAGACCUUUGAAAAAAUCUUACCAGCUCCGAACAAAUUUCAAACAAGUAGCAGACCAGAUCUUACGUGUGGACCAUUGGAGCCUUGUAUCUGCAUGGAUUUGCUAUCACAUCAAUGACCUUGAUGCCUAUAAUGCAAGGAAAGAAGCGAGUAAUCUUGAUGAUUCAGAUUCCGAUGAUGAAGUUCUGAACGUGCCUGGACCGGAGUCCAGCUUUCAUAUCAAGCUUGGUUCAUGUCAGUGUGCAUCGUCGAUACAUGCCAUUCAGCAAGCACACCUUGAAGACCCAGCAUUUUAUCAGUUUCAUACCAAACUUAACCGCUUUCUCAACAUGAUACCUGUCAUUGCACGAAAUGGACAUGUUGCACUUGAAUUAAGUGCCAAUAUAGUAACAGAAUUCCGGUACUUGAAAGCAAACUUCGAGUUGAUGGUUGAUUUUCGGACAUCAACAGACUACCUCCACUGUUCUCCGAUGUUUCACAAUGCCCCAAGAUAUGACACUGUCAUCAUCAGGACUCAAGACGGGAUCAUAUUUGGUCGCUUGAUAUUCAUAUUCACGUGCUUAGUUGAAGGCACAAGUCACCCCAUGGCUCUUAUUCAACCUUGUGAUGCCCCAUUCAAAAUCGACCUUCGAAGGACAGGCUCCUGGGUUUAUGGCAAGUUAGAGCUCAACCUCAGCAUAAGAGGGGGUGCUGUUGCUUGA